AUGUAUAUUACAAUCAAUGUGCCGGAAGGCAAGGAGCCAGAAGCGGGACGUGACGACCCGCAAAAUAUCGAUGUCGACUACGCAAAUGUCGUUAGUCGUCAACGGAAAUUCACUCUUGAAUUUGAUCGAACCUUGGCUAUGUGCGUGGAGCGGUUCAAUAAUCUGAGGUCUCGAAGUAGUUACACGGAACCGGUUUUGAAUUGCGGGAAUAGCGCAUAUAAUAUCGCAUUGACGGAAUCUCGUCUAGAUAAUCUGAAGAAAGAGUAUGUGAGCUGUACCCACUGCUCUAAUGCACUGCAUUACCCUGUUAGACGAGUGGACGGCUCUUCUACCAAUUCAAUGGAAACAGAUGCCACCGGUUCUGAAGGGCACUCUGAAGCAUCUGUGAAAAGGGCUGUAGUGAGUACAGGUCAACGUUCUAGUGACCAGAUGCAAGACAUUUUCCUAUAUCCGACACAUAAUAUAAUACAACGUUUACGUGAACGGCGGCAGGUUAGCAAAUUGGUACGAUCUGAUGCCCAUUAUCUCGAGGUGGAGAGUGAGAGUAACCUAAACGACUAUGUAGUGUAUAUGGUUGGUGGUCGUAUAGAGGAGCAACCCUUAUUACGAAGUCUAUGGGAGAAUGUAUCGGAGGUGAUCUCCUUUCUUCACAACAACCUGUACCCUUUAUUGAGGAUAUUCAGGAUAUCUAUACUUAUCACAUUCGUACAAUGGUUACUGUUCAUUAUAAGGGUUGUUAACUGUCGUAAUGACGAGAGUCUGCUGGAAGAGCAAGAUUGUAUUCGUUUUGGAGCCUUUAGCGGUGCCUUAUUGAAACGUGAUUUGGCAGUAUACCGGUUUCUAAGUUCGACAUUCUUUCACAAUUCUGGCGGACAUAUUAUCAUCAGUACUAUUAUGCACUUUAGGUUCAGUUCAGUAUUUGAGCGUAUCCACGGUGCUACCAUUACCUUGGUGGUAUACUUCGUUAGUUCGGCAUAUGGCAUGUUAGGAACAUGCUGGUUGAACCCAAAUGUGCUUCAAGCUAAUGGUUUUGCGGGAGAUUGGGGCGUGGCAGGUGCCCUGUUGAGUCGUUAUUUUGUGUUCCCUUAUCUGCUGGACCGUGAGCAUCAACAUUUGGUGAACGUAUUUGUAAGUCUACUUUGUCUGUUAUUUGCUAAGACUAUCGCGGCUGUAACAAAAAUCUUAUUAUGGACGCAUUUGCUCUCAGCAUUGGCGGGUUUUUGUCUGGGUAGUAUGAUAAAUAAUCGGUUACAAAUAGGUCGUUGUUGCGGGUUAUCAAGUUUACUUGUUGACUUUUUAUGCUCGUUUACCCUACUACUGGUACCUGUAGGUUCGAUCUUUGCAUUGUCGCUUAUUGAGACGGGUUGA